GAGCUAGACAAAACUUUUUUGGGCAAUAAUAUAUGACUUGCUAUAAAGCUUGCCUUUUGCAGCAGACUCCACGUCUUGCCCUGAUGUAAUCCUUGGAGCUGCCACAUGCACAGUCCCUCCCAACACUCUCUUGUUUGCUGGAAAAUGUUGGCGGUUUUUGAGAAAGCAAUUGGAAAACCACCUGAGGAGCUGAGGCUUCCUUCGAAUGUGUUGGAGAAGGCAAAGACCAGAGAGGAAAUUUUGGAGACUUUCCAAUCUUCAUGUCCUGAGAGCACGGUGUACUAUCUUUCAAAUGGGAAUUUCAUGGCCUUGUCCCAUGCCGACGAAAGUAUUCAAUCACACCCAAGGUCCAUAGUUGUCAUAGACGAUGUCUUCUGCAUUUUUAUAGGGAUUUUGGAGAACACUUGUGACCUUAGAAGGCACUACGGCCUUCCAAGACAAGCAACAGAAGCCAUGGUUGUGGUUGAAGCUUAUAAAGUUCUAAGAGAUCGAGCACCCUACCCGCCAGAUCAAGUCAUCAAAGAUCUGCAAGGAAAAUUCGCAUUUAUUCUCUUCGAUGCUAGAUUUGGUACCCUUUUUGCAGCGAGGGAUCGAGAUGGAAGUGUGGAGCUUCAGUGGGCCAUGGCAGGUGAUGGAUCCCUAGUCUACUCUCAUGAUCUCGACAUCAUCAGAGAGGCUUGUGGAAAAUCUUUUGCACCUUUUCCUCCAGGCUGCAUAUUUACAAGUGGAAGUGGGCUGACGAGCUUUGUUCAUCCCUUACACAAGGUAAGGGCAAGCACACACGAAGAUGAUGAUGGCCAUAUUUGUGGAGUUACUUUUCAGGUGGAUCUGUUCACCCGACUCCCCAGCAUCCCGCGCACCGGCAGUGCAGGAAAUUGGGCUGAUCAAGCACCUGUGGUCAAGGAAGGAGAAGGAAAUUGGUCUGAUCAAGCAACUGUGGUCAAGGAAGGAGAAUAAGGACCCUGAAAUUAGCCCUGCAGCCUGCUAGUGAGAACAAUGAAUUGUAUAUGUAACUGGUGAGUUGUAAACUAGAGUGUGUAAUAAAAACAGAACAAGUUACGUGUGGCCUCUCAGAAA